GUCUGCGAGUUGUUUUUUCAACAAGGAUGCCACAAGAACGUGAUGCCAAGAGACCAAGGGCAUGAUGACAAGCCAAGCUCAUCUUUAAACCACUCCAUAACCAGAGGGACAGAGAUGACAGACAAGUACACGGCGCUGAUCGACCAAGCGAGCUUUCAACACAUGUCGGCAGAGAUGAAUGCAUUCGACGACAAGCGCGAAGUAAUCAUUCGCCAAUCUCGAGACAUUCUCAAAGCCAGCAAGCAAGCGAUCUUCUCCAUGCAUCGUGGGGCGCUAGACGACGCGACGGCCAAAUUAGCCGAGGCAGAUCGCGUGAUUUCCCAAUUGGCACCCCUCAUUGAGGUGGAUCGGUCGCUGCGGACGGGAUCGUUUGCCGCUGCCAUGGAGGAAUAUGCCGAAGCUCAAUGUUUCCUGCACUUCCUCGAGCAUGGCACCCUCAUGUCCAUCGACAAGCUCCAUUCUGUCGAGCGCGAAGAGUACUUGUCGGGCGUCGUCGACUUUACGGGGGAAGUGGGUCGAUACGCCGUAGCUCAGGCCACCAAGCGCGACGUGGCCCAGGUUGAAGCAUGUCGUGACAUUGUCGAAGCCAUUUCUGGCGAGGUACUUCUAUAGCCAUUAUCAUAACCACUGACAUGUAUGGGAUCAAACAGUUGAUUCAGUUCAGUUUCCGCAACGGACCACUGCGGAAAAAGUACGACUCGCUCAAGUACAACCUCAAAAAGCUCGAGAAUACGCUGUACGAGCUGUCGCUUGUGCCAUCUGGAGGACGACCGUUCGAGUUGAAAGCGGACGAGCCAUUGCCACCUGGUGCCAACGACGACUUGAUCCAAUGACCACUUUCAUAACUAGUAAAUCCAUCGAUUCUUUGAAGUGUGUAUAUUUGGAAUCACACUAAUUUC